AUGGCGUUCUGGCGGUUCUUGGUCUUGGCCGCCCUGGGCAGCUCCAGCACAGAGCCGGAGCAAGCGCCCUGUGCGUCCAGCUCGAUUCUACGAAUGAUCCGGGAUUUUGCACCAGAGUGCAUCUCGUCUUGCCCAGCUGUCUGCUUGCCUUUGGAAAGCCUUAUCUCCAGCGUCAUGAUGGGUCAGGACCCCUUCUUGACAAUUUGCCCAAAUUGGCAGACGUUCUAUUGCAUGGCCUUGCCAGAUGUGUUGGAAUCCUGCACGCCACUUUUGGAUGCUGCAAAGACCUACGUGGGAAUCAACUUGCCAAGGAGCGGCGAACAGCUUAUGGAGGUCUGUGAAGUUUCAAGCACCUCCACGACAACCCUUGGAACGCAGGUGAUGUCAGUGACAUCGACGUCGACUCUUUCACAAAAGCUGGCCGGUACCGGUACCACGUCCACCACGGCCACGGCCACGGCCACGGUGGCCACGUCGACCCCAGCGACAAGUGGGACAAGUCUCACGGCGACCGCAACGGCGACAGCCACAGUCACAGUCACUAGCCCCAGCUCCUCCGUUUCAGCUUCCUCAACUUCGAGCGAUCCAGCAGAGCAAGAACAUGCUUUGCUCAACAGAGCUCCAGACAGUCUUUCAAUUUCGCAAGGGAGAGCUGCUGAGCCCACAGAGCAAACGUCGACGGAGCGCGGUCAGAAUGAGUCGGAGGAGGCGCUGAACACCAGCGAAAACGUGUCGGAGGAGUUCGAUGAUUUUCGGGAUGGCUACGUCAUUGAUGGUUCUUGUGCUCCUUCGGCAUUCUGGGCACUCCUGAUGUUGGCUUUGGCUUCUGCUGCAGCUUCCUAG